AUGUCACAUUCAAGGGAAGGAAGGCGUGGACCCUUGAAGUCUCCGUCACCACGUCCCUCGGCGGCUUCUUCUCCUAGAGCUCGAAGGUCAAGAUCAUUGUCCCGGUCACGAAAAAGUCGCUCCAGAUCAAGGAGCCGAGAAUCUGUUGAAGCUUACAAUCCUGGAAAUAAUCUCUAUGUGACUGGUCUAUCCACUAGGGUUACCUCCAGUGAUCUUGAGAAGUUCUUUGCUAAGGAAGGGAAGGUGGUGGAGUGCAAUCUGGUGCUUGAUCCUCGCAGCAAGGAAUCCCGUGGAUUUGCUUUUGUCACCAUGGAAACCACCGAGGCUGCUGAGCGCUGUAUCAAGUACUUGAACCGUUCUGUGCUUGAAGGACGAUUGGUCACAGUGGAAAAGGCUAAAAGGUCUCGUGGCAGGACACCAACUCCCGGGAGGUAUCAAGGUCUUAGAGAGCGACGAGGACGUGGUGGUCAAAGGCGCUCACGAAGCUACUCGCCUCGUAGACGUGACCACCGAGAGCGAGAGAGGGAUCCAUACCCAAGGGAUCGACGAGGCAGAUCACGAUCACCUUCUGGAAGAAGGAAAGAUGAUCAUCAUGACUCGCAUAGGAGGCACAGGGAAACUUCACCCUCAGCAGAUCGGAGCCACCGUAGGUAG